CAGAAAGAACAGUAAAAAUGCAGGCAGGGCGCCGGGACAAAGCACUCGGGACAAAAUUGUAUUGUGUGAAUGUCACUUUUUCAAAUUUUUUUUUAUUUCCUGCCAGUUCCGUCCCCCGUACGUCCCGACGCCGCAGGGAACGGAACCCGGUAGACAGAUGCCGGCAUCUGCUGGAGGACAUUACAGGGGACACUGCAGGAGGGACAUUACGGGAGCGCAGGACAAGGUGAGUGAAGAAGAGAUCCCGGAGCAACGCUGCAGUGUAUUCCCGAGUGUAGCUCGGGGUUACCGCUUGUGGU